CUUUUUAUUUGGACAUCUGCCGAUCUUGUGGAGAAUGCUGAGGAAACAGGAGUUUAUGCAUGAUCUCUUCCUGCAGUGGGCAGAGAAAUAUGGACCUAUUGUACGGCUUAAUGCCUUUCACAGAGUCUCAGUGAUGAUUCUGAGUCCUGAAGGAGUGAAGGAGUUCUUGAUGUCACCACAGUACCCAAAGGAUCGGCUGGUGUACGGUCGUAUCUUCAACAUAUUUGGUGAGAGGUUUCUAGGGAAUGGCUUGGUAACUGUUUGCAACCAUGAGCAUUGGCACAAGCAGCGGAAGAUAAUGGAUCCAGCUUUCAGCCGAACCUACCUGAUUGGUCUGAUGGAAACUUUUAAUGAAAAAGCAGAGGAGCUGAUGGAGAAGCUAGAGGAAAUGGCAGAUGGAAAAAAAGAGUUUAGCAUGCUGACGAUGAUGAACCGGGUGACUAUGGAUAUCAUUGCAAAGGUAGCCUUUGGCUUGGAAUUAAAUGCAUUGAGCAAUGACCAAACGCCUUUCCCGCACGCUGUGACCACAGCUUUGAAGGGAAUGACCAAGACGCGCAUCCCCCUUCUGCAGUAUAUGCCAGGGAAACAGAAGCUGGUAAAGGAGGUCAAGGAGAGUGUGAGGCUGCUGCGGCGUGUGGGGAAGGAGUGCAUUGACCAGAGGAGAGAGGCCAUCCAGAGCGGGAAGGAAGCCACGCUGGAUAUUCUCACGCAGAUACUGAAAGGAGAUGCUCUGGAGGAAACUAGAGAUGAUGAAAACAUUCUGGAUAACUUUAUCACUUUCUUUGUUGCGGGUCAUGAAACCACUGCCAAUCAGUUGUCGUUCACAGUAAUGGCACUGGCUCAGCAUCCUGAAAUACUGGAAAGGCUUCAGGCUGAAGUGGAUGAAGUUCUUGGUGCCAAGAGAGACAUUGACUAUGAGGAUCUUGGCAAACUCACCUACUUAUCACAGGUUUUGAAGGAAUCGCUGCGGCUGUACCCACCCCUCCCAGGGACCGUACGCUGGAUGGAGAAGGAGCACGUCAUCAAUGGCAUCAGAAUUCCUGGAAACACAACGCUCGUUUUUAGCACUUACAUAAUGGGAAGGAUGGAAAGGUAUUUCAAGGAUCCACUCAUUUUCAAUCCAGACCGAUUUAGCAAAGAUGCACCUAAGCCAUAUUACUGCUAUUUUCCAUUCUCUCUGGGACCCCGAUCCUGCAUCGGGCAGGUGUUUGCACAGGUGGAGGCAAAAGUGGUAAUGGCAAAAUUGCUGCAGAGGUUUGAAUUCCAGCUGGUACCAGGGCAGAGUUUUAAACUGUUGGAUGCUGGAACCUUUAGGCCACUAGAUGGAGUAAUGUGUAAAUUAAAGCCAAGGAGCCUUGCGAGAAGCUGCCAGGCAUGACUACUUGGGAAAGGAGCGUGACAUGGUAGUGGUAGAGUUUCUUCUGAUUUUGAAGAUCUUCAUACUUAUCAAACGUUAGAUUUUUUUAGGCCCCUUUAGAGGAUUACUAGACUGAAAUUUUUGCUAGCCUUCCUCAUCAUUUACUGAAGAAAACCUUAGGAAAGUCA